AGAAAGAGGCACAUCAAUUUCAUAUUUUCACCCCAAAUCACCCCACCCCACCCCACCCCCCUUUCGCCAUGUAUGUUACAGUUAGACCCUAAAUUUCUUUUUCAAUCUUCACCACUCUUUUAACAGUUUACAUGGGAUUCAUAAGACGAAAUUCAUCUUCUUCAUCAACCAACACAUCUCCUUGCGCCGAUCUCAGAACUGCUUACCAUAACUGUUUCAACAGGUGGUAUUCAGAGAAGUUCUUGAAGGGUCAUUGGGAUAAAGAAGAAUGUGUUUCUGAGUGGGAGAAAUAUAAAGAAUGUUUAUCUAAACAUCUGGAAGACAAAAAUUUGAGCCGCUUUUUGGAAGCUGAAGGGCUGAGUAGAAUACCUGCUUCUAGCUCUAAAUAGUCAUGCUUGUUUUUUACAUCAAGUGGUACUGCAGUCGAAAAUACUACACCCCACAAGCACUUGGAGGCCACCAAAAUGCUCAUAGAUUAGAAAGAAACGUAGCGAAGAAGUUGGCUGGUUCUAGUGGCCCAAGCCACAGUAGACAUGUGCAACCACCUGUCAUGAUGGAGGUUAACCAUGUUGGAAGUUUCAGUGCUAAUGGUUAUAAGCACGAGUAUGUUCAUGAAGAAGACACUAGCCAACUUGAUUUGACUCUUAGGCUUUGAGCAACUACUUUUUAGUAAUUUAGUACUAUGUUGCAAAUGUUUUAAGUCUUCUUAAUUAUUUGUAUUGUCAAUGCAUCUUCGUGCAAGUUAUAUAUUGGGACC